AUGGCCAACUCUUCGGAUGUAUUGCUCUCCAAAUUGGAGACCAUUUCGUGGAUGUAUUCAAUCGACUGUCAGAUCCACGGAAAGGACACAACACUACUGAUUAAGUACAUAAUUGAAGAGGACUUCUAUGCGGUGAUGGUUACAGAUUUGACGCAAACCUACUUCGAGUGUCUGGAGGGCAAAGACAUCGACGAUCACUACCGGCGCUUCAAUAAGGGAGAAGUGAAACGCGAACGACUCGUCCAUCACCUGAAGUCGCUGUUGGCCGACGUGACCAAAGCCAACGAAUGGCACUUCGAGACACUUCUUGUCGAUUGUCACACCUCUCGACUCACACUGAAAGUGAAGAAUCAGAUGACAAUCUUGAAGUUCGACUGGAGUUUCUAUAUGAUCAGCACUAACCCCGAGACACUCUCCCGACACCUCACUCUCCCUCUCUUACGACUCGUGUCUUCACUCAAACACGGCGUCGAUGUCCUCAAGAAAGACAUUAAGGCUAAAGACAAACUGUUGGAACAAACGGAGACCAACGCCAAGAUUGACACCUUUUCGGACGACUCACUCGUCAAUAAGAUGGUCACCUUUCAGAGGAACUCGCAGUUGGGAUCCGAUGACAACUCUCUACUCUUAAGUCUCUUAAUUAAAGACCAAAUGAUUAAUUCUGUGCUAAGAAAUGCAGAAAUAGAUGACAAGGGUUUAGACAAUAGCACGAAUACUGCCAAAAAUAAUUGUCAGACAAAUGUCAAACAAAAUGACGACCAAAUCGCUAAUCAGAGUCAUUUGUCUAAAAGUAAAGAAUUGGUUUCUCAGACAUCACCGGAUACUCGGAAGAAGUCUCCCACCCGUCAGAGCAAGAAAUUAAAACUUUAACGCUUUUUGUUUUGCUAUUUGGAAGCCAUUACGAAAUGUG